AUGGCAGACGUACCCAUGUAUGUCAUCUCGGAGAAUGCUUCGUCUGAACGUCGCAUCACCCCCUCAUGGAGCAUCGACACGUUCAAGACGAAGCUCGAGCCCAUCACGGGAAUUCCGCCGUCGGCGCAGCGUCUCAGCCUCAAGGCGUCCAAGGCGGCGGGGAGCGUGCCCCUGGAGGCGGUGGAUGAAGAGAAUACCUUCUUGAGCAGCUUUCAGCUGGUUGCGUACGGCGAGAUUCAUGUAGCUGAUACCCGUCCCGCGGGCAUGCGCGUCAACUUCAAUGACACGUCGGGAGUGGAGAGAUAUGUCAUGCCCGAGACUGAAUAUCAAAAGAAGUCGGACUCGGUGCUGGCCUGGAAGAAGGCGCAGAAGCUCGGCCGCUUUGACCCGAGCGCGCCGGACCAGGAGCAGGCGCGCGUGUCUGGCUUUGCGCGGGAGAUUGAGACGCGCGGCAUCGCGCAAGGCAAGCGGUGUCGGGUCGGCGGCGAGGAUACGCGGCGGGGCGUGGUCCAGUACGUGGGCGAGGUCGGGGAGAUUCCCAACGGCGCGGGACCGUGGAUCGGUGUGCACCUGGACGAGCCCGUGGGCAAGAAUGAUGGCAGCAUCGCCGGGAAGCGGUACUGGGGCGCCGAGUCGGCGAUGAAGCACGGCGUCUUUGUGCGGCCGGAGCGGGUCGAGGUGGGCGACUUUCCGGCCCUGGACGACUUGGAGGACAUGGAAGAGAUUUGA